CUUGGUAUACAUACAUAAUUAUAUAUGUACGAGUAAAAACGCGAAGUUAUCGUGAUAACAAAAUCAAUUUUAAAAAAAAAUAAACACAGUUCUUCUUUGCAUUUAGAGAAUUGUUUCUGUUUGUGAUUUUGGAUAGUGAUUCACACAACGAAGCAAAGGAUCUUUGAUGGAGAGCACUGUCAUUGAAAUUGAGCAAAAGUUGCAGUCAUUGUCAGCAUGGCCAAGACUUUUAAUUAAAAUUAAAAACCUAUUUUUUUCGACUUUUCAUUUCUUGUUUUGAAUUUAAAAGAUACAGGGAGACAUACUCGCAUAAAGUUACCCCGCCACUCAAAAAGUAUACCUUCUUCGGCUGAUUUCAUAACACAUCUGUGCACAUCUUAGAUCCACCACCUGAUGCGAUCACAUUGAUGUACAUAUUUGUAAUUAUGCUGAGCAAUACGUUUCCAGGACCUAAUAAAAUGUUACUAAUCUGGUUAUUCGCUAUUAUUCCUUUAUUCUGGAGCGUGUCAAAUGCGGAUACCAUUCCACAUGGAGAACCUGACUUACGUGGUCCACCUGGUCUACCUGGACCAAAAGGAGAUAGGGGAGAGAUGGGACCACCGGGACAAACUGGAGCUCCUGGACUAUCCGGAUCAUUCGGACCGAUUGGACCACCUGGACAACCCGGACGUGUUGGAUAUCCUGGACAGAAGGGAGAACCUGGAGAACAAGGAUUUUAUGGAGAGCAAGGAUUUGAGGGUCUACAGGGAAUACCUGGACUACCUGGAUUUCCGGGCUUGGAUGGAUUUCCAGGACAAAAGGGUGAACCAGGACCACCAGGAACCUGUGGUUGUCCGCCUCCACAGAAUGAUGCACCAAUGCCUCAGGUGAUAUCUCAGGAAGAAAUCGGUGUUGCAAAAAAUCCUGCUCUAACGUGUCGUGAAAUCGCUGCCAAGGAUCCAAGUUCUCCGAAUGGGGAUUAUUGGAUAAAUCCAAGCGAAGGUGACAUAAGGAAUGCUAUUUUAGUCCAUUGUGAUAUUGAAAAACAUAUGACGUGCAUUUACCCUCGAAACAUUCGUUCAAAGAAUUUUGAUAUUUCUUCUGCCAAAUCGGAAGUAUGGUUAGGAAGUAAUAAUUCUGAUUUUAAGAUUGUUUACAAAAUAAAUCGUCUUCAGCUCGAUGCUUUGCAAAAACUUUCCAUUUUAUCAACACAGAAUAUUACUUAUCAUUGCAAAAAUUCUAUUGCUUACUAUGAUAAUGCCAGCAAAAGCUAUGAAAAAAGUGUCAAAUUACUGGCAUGGAAUGAUAUAGAAAUAACUCCACAAAGUUACCCAAAUUUGCAGUUCACAUCUGAUCAAGAUGGAUGCCAAUUCAAACGCAAAGAAUGGUCAUCUGCAAUCCUUAGUUAUAGAACUGAUAACCCAUCUCGACUUCCUAUUACUGAUAUCGCAGUUCGAGAUGUUGGACGAAGCGAACAGAGCAUUUUUGUGGAAAUGGGGCCUGUUUGUUUCAUUUGAAUUGGAUAAAUACGAGUACCUAUACUCUGCUUCACUAAUGAUACCGUAUCCAUUUCUGCAUUUUAAUUGAUUUUUCAAAAGUAAAAUAUUAAAUUGAUGAAGUAUAAGAAUAACGAAAAAGAACACCCAUUUGUUUAUAUUGUUAGCUAUAACUCAUUUGUCAAAAAUAUACAAUAUAUUCAUACAAAUUA